AUGGUAAAGCAUCUGCCUGCAGUAUGGGAUACCCAGGUUCGAUCCCCGGGUCAGGAAGAUUCCCUGGAGAAGGAAGUGGCAACCCACUCCAGUACUCUUGCCUGGAAAAUUCCAUGGAUGGAGGAGCCUGGUGAGCUACAGUCCAUGGGGGUCACAAAGAGUUGGACACAACUGAGCGACUUCACUUUCAUGCAUUGGAGAAGGAAAUGGCAACCCACUUCAGUGUUCUUGCCUGGAGAAUCCCAGGGAUGGGGAGCCUGUGGGAAGAUAACAAAUAAUGGGCAGGCCCAUCUAUCAGUCAGAACUGGUAAGUCUUUGAAACGGGGAAGGCAAUUGGGCUGGGGCAUGCUCAUGCUGGGGAAAGGAGGCCCUGAAGAGUCUUAG